CGGUUUCCGCAAUGCAUGCAACGUUGUAUGCGUGCUGUUACACGUACGUACUAAUGUACACACGCGUCACGAGGGUUGAUUUUCCAGUCUAAUUUAUCAAGCAGCAACAAAAUUUUGCAAGAGCUAGCUAGCUCUAGUUGAAAGGUCAUUCACAAAAUACGCACCAAGUCGAGUACAGUCGAGUUGUUUAGUACGUGUAUUGAUCACAAAAAAACUGGGAAGUGUUAGGUUAAGAAUUCGCCGAAAUGGAGAUAGAUGGUGCAAAAAACAGCAGGAGUGCAGAGCAGCGGACGAGACUGUACCAAGCUGAGAGAAAUGAACCUGAAGGCAUGUCAUUCUGUACCUGGAUUCUCUGGUUUGUCUCUUUACUGUGCAUCCUUUUGACAUUUCCCAUCUCGAUCUGGUUUUGCUUCAAGACCGUUGCAGAGUAUGAACGGGCAAUCCUGUUUCGAGUUGGUCGUCUGUUGCCGGGAGGACCCAAGGGCCCUGGUCUGUUCUUCAUCCUCCCCUGCAUCGAUGAGAUACGCGUCGUCGAUCUUAGGACGCUCUCCUUUGAUGUGCCACCGCAAGAGGUCCUCUCUAAAGACAGUGUGACCGUCACUGUGGACGCAGUGGUGUACUUCCGCGUGCAAGACCCCACGAUGGCUAUUAUCAACGUGGAGAACUACAAGCGCUCCACGGAGCUGCUUGCUGCCACCACCCUGCGUAACGUCUUGGGCACCAAGACCCUGGCUGAGGUGUUGAGCCACCGCGACGAGAUCAGCAACACCCUGCAGUCGCUGUUGGAUGACGCCACCGAUCCCUGGGGCGUCAAAGUGGAGAGAGUUGAGAUUAAGGACGUGCGCCUUCCAAGACAGAUGCAGCGUGCCAUGGCCGCUGAGGCUGAAGCGUCCAGGGAGGCCCGUGCAAAGGUGAUUGCUGCGGAGGGUGAGCAGAAUGCCUCCCGUGCCCUGAAGGAGGCUGCUGACAUCAUCGCCGAGUCGCCCAACGCCCUGCAGCUCCGGUACCUCCAGACCCUCCAGACCAUCUCCGCCGAGAAAAACUCCACCAUCGUGUUCCCGUUGCCCAUUGAUCUGCUCGCCGGAUACUUGGACAGGAAGUAGCCAAUAGUUUCCUGACAAGGAAACGAGAGUGGUUUGGUAGACGCCUCCAACCGUUAACACAUCAGUUUAAAUACGGGGAAAAGAUCACUGGGCUCAGCUUCAUACAUUAACUUGUCUCUUUUCGUUGUGAUGAAAUGUCUGAAAAUGUAAAAACUGGUCUUAAAUGGGCACUGAUGUGCAAAUUUCAGACAUUAUGUCUUGAAGACACUUCAGAGACGUUUGGGUUCAUAGCCUCAAAAGAACGUCACAAGUCAAUCAAAGGUCAUCCAGUUCGGAGUUGAGUCACAAGAUAUUUCAAAUUUCACAUUUCUGUGAUCUUGUUGUUUAUCCGCAUUGUGACCAGACUUGCCAUGGACUUGUGAUGGACUUAACUACAGGGUGGUGCAAAAAGAAGAAAACCCACUUUUGACAGCAAUUUUCACCUACU